GAAUUACUUUGACAUCCCUACAGUUACUCGAGUUUUUUAUUUUUACGUUACGUGAACUCGAACUAUUUAAUACUAGGCAAUAACAGUAAUUGUACUCUAUUUGGGUGGUAUAUUUACCAGGUAAAAACUUUCUAACUGCCGAAAAAUGGAAGAACAAAUUUCGUCCAUCCCCAAUGAUUGACCAGCGCUGAUCGGUGGACACGUGUGCUAUUCAUAACCUGAAUUUUUGAAAACCCAAGGACAGUAGUACAAACAAGCGCACUAGAAUUUCCAAAAAGUUAAAGGAUGUCUUCAGUUCCGUGCAGUGACAUAAUCGAAGACAUCGAGGACCUGAUAUCCUCUCAGGACAUAACACCGAAGGAACGUUACAGCACGAAAAAAAAUGUGACGGUACGUGCGAAGCGAAAAAAAUCUGAUAGUAUACCACCUCAACUUCCCGAGGUGACGAAUCUCUCAAGUAUCAUUCCUGGUACACAAACGAUUUACAUUAAAACAUGGGGUUGCACUCACAACAGUUCCGAUUCCGAAUACAUGGCUGGGCAACUAGCAUCCUAUGGUUACAAUUUGACAUCGACUAAGGAAGUUGCAGAUUUGUGGCUGUUGAAUUCAUGCACAGUUAAAAAUCCUGCCGAAGAUCAUUUCCGGAACGAAAUUGAGCUGGGAAGAAAAACAGGGAAACACGUCGUAGUUGCUGGUUGUGUUCCGCAGGGUGCACCAAAAUCUGGUUUCCUAUCCGGUCUUAGCGUCAUAGGAGUUCAGCAAAUAGAUAGGGUGGUCGAAGUUGUUGAAGAAACCCUAAAAGGUAACUCUGUAAGAUUUUUUGGACAGAAGAAAGAAGGCGGAAAGAAAGUUGGCGGAGCAUCUUUAGCAUUACCUAAAGUCAGACGUAAUCCAUUGAUAGAAAUAAUUGCCAUCAACACCGGAUGCCUUAAUCAGUGCACCUAUUGUAAAACAAAACAUGCUAGAGGUGAACUAGGCAGUUAUAAACCGGAAGAAAUAGUGGAACGUGCUAAACAAGCCUUUUCCGAAGGAGUCUGCGAACUUUGGUUAACAUCUGAAGACACCGGAACUUAUGGUAGAGACAUUGGUACAAGUCUUCCAGAACUUCUUUGGCAGCUAGUCGAAGUAAUUCCGGAAGGAUGCAUGAUGAGGAUCGGGAUGACAAACCCUCCUUAUAUUCUCGAACAUCUACAAGAGGUUGCCAAGAUCUUGAAGCACCCCCGAGUCUACAGUUUUCUUCAUGUUCCGGUUCAAUCGGGUUCGGAUCAGGUUCUCUUAGACAUGAAGAGAGAAUACAGUUGUUCUGACUUUGAAAAAGUUGUCAAUUUUCUGAGAUCUGAGGUGCCUGGAGUAACUAUAGCCACAGACAUAAUAUGCGGUUUUCCUACAGAAACAGACAAGGACUUUGAAGACACAAUGAAACUAUGCGAGAGAUACAAAUUCCCUAGUUUAUUCAUCAACCAAUAUUACCCCAGGCCAGGUACACCAGCUGCUAGGAUGCCCAGAGUCCCCGCUCGAGAUGUCAAAAAAAGGACGAAAAAGUUGUCUGACUUCUUCCAUACCUAUGAGCCUUACGCACACGAGGUUGGUCAGGUGCAACAGGUCCUUGUAACAGAAAUAUCACAUGACAAGAAACACUUUGUUGGACACAAUAAGGCUUACGAACAGGUCCUGGUGCCCAUGAGAGAAGGUUUCAUGGGCAAAAUGGUGACCGUACUAAUUAUUUCUGCUGGUAAAUACUCCAUCAAAGGAGAGCCACUGGAUGAAGGUGUUUCCCCAUCGCUCAGGAACCCUUUACCCAAGGGAAUUAUCUCUGGAAUAAUUCUCCAAGAAAGCAAAACAAACUCUCCCUCAAGAUUUGGACUAGUUGCUAUAGUAGCUGUCUUAGUUGCAGUUGUAGCUAGAUUUUUAUGGAAAUUUUUGACAAUUUUUUAACCAACGAUCUAUCUGUACUAUGAAUAUUGUAAUAAUUACAGUAAACAUAUGAAAUGUUCAAUGAAUAAAAUAAGUUUGUAAAUACGGUUCGAUCUUCGUAUGAAGAAAAACUUAAUAAAGGAUAACUUAAAUUGAA